CUCGUUUCAUUUCGACAGAUUAUACACAUAAAUACAAUGACAUGAUUAUCAUAAAAUUAGUUCUCUUUACACGAAUAUAUUAAUUUUCUUCUAAAACAUUAUCGACGAUGCGCUACAUUAAUUCAGUUAUUGAAUUUUAUUUCAAAACUGGGUUACGUUCUGAAUACAUUCAGUCGAAAUCACUUUUCUCAAACAUGUACUAUAUAUACUUAAUGGUCUCCAUAGGAUUCCGUCUGCGCAUGUUCUUUAUUUGCCAGCAGGGUUGCCAGAUCACCUUCCAGGCUAUAUCAGAAGCAUGUCUGGUAACCCUAAGUGAAGUAGACUGCGCCGCCGUGCUCUGAAUCUGACCUGUAGUGUUAGGUUGAGGGAAAUAAGGGGGUAGGAGAUUUGGAGGAGUGGGCUUUAAUUAGAUGCUAUUAGUCAGACCAUACCUUGGGAUUUUUGAGCAACCAUGAAGAUUGCAGUAGAGGGUUGCUGUCAUGGUGAACUGGAUAAGAUCUACGAGACCAUUGCCUAUCUGGAGCACAAAGAAGGCCUGUCUGUGGACCUGUUGCUUUGCUGUGGAGACUUCCAGGCAGUGCGCAAUGAGGGAGAUAUGAAGUGCAUGGCCGUACCAGCCAAGUACAGGCAGAUGCAGACCUUCUACAAAUAUUACUCUGGUGAAAAGAAAGCUCCAGUCUUGACCAUCUUUAUUGGAGGAAAUCAUGAGGCCUCCAACCAUCUGCAAGAGCUGCCGUAUGGUGGCUGGGUGGCUCCCAACAUCUACUACUUGGGUUAUGCUGGAGUGGUUCGCUACAAAGGAAUAAGGAUCGGUGGCUUGUCAGGAAUUUUCAAAUCGCAUGACUAUAGAAAAGGACACUAUGAAUUUCCACCCUACAACCAGGAAACACUGCGCAGUGCCUACCACGUCAGAAACAUUGACGUUUUCAAGCUCAAGCAGAUUCAGCAGCCGAUGGACAUCUUCAUGUCACAUGAUUGGCCACGUGGUAUUUAUCACUAUGGCAGCACAGAGCAGCUGCUGCGCAAGAAGAAAUUCUUGAGGCAGGAGGUGGAGUGUAGCAGUCUGGGCAGCCCUGCAGCUGCGGAGCUACUGGCCCACCUGCAGCCUGCGUACUGGUUUGCUGCUCACCUGCAUGUCAAGUUCGCAGCCAUCAUGCAGCACCAGGGUCAGGGUGACUGUGCCGCCAGAACUACUAAGUUUCUCUCACUGGACAAGUGUUUGCCAUACAGGGACUUUCUGCAGGUCUUGGAUGUAGCAGAGCGACCAGGUUCUUCGGACUGUUUGGAGUAUGACCCUGAGUGGCUGGCUAUCCUGAGAGCCACCGAUAGCCUGCAGAACAACACGCCCAAGCCCUGGAACCCUCCACAGGACAAUGGCCUGCACUCCCGGUGGGACUUCAGUGCAUCAGAAGUUGCUAUGAUGGAGGCAGUGACUUGUCUGGGGGGUGAGCUGCGCAUCCCUGAGAACUUCAGCCAGACGGUGGCCCCCUACGAGCCGAGUCGCCCCCAGCCCCAGCUGCAACCCAGCCACAGCACCAACCCUCAGACAACAGAACUGUGCGCCACCCUGGGCCUGACCGACAUUUACAUUCGGGCUGGACAGGGCGGGUGCCGGUCCGAGGAGAGGGGUGGCCCAGGCGCCUCUGAGGAGGACGAGGAGGAGGAAGACAAUCAGAGCACCGGCAGUGUCGAGGAGCCAAGCGAAUACCCCACUGACACGUCUGCUCUGUCCAGCUCCUACAACCCGGAUGAAAUCACCAUCGAAGAUGAGUGGGAGGAAGACGAUGGAUCCAGCAAGGGAGGGGACGCUGUUGUCCCAGAGGGAGAGCCUGGGGACAGGGACACUGACAGUCCACCACGAGAUGUGGCCUCCAGGUGCUUAGUGCUCCCACCUCCGUGUAUGACCGAAGCCCCACAGUUCUCCCUCCCCCUUGAUGGACCUCCAACCUCUGCCUCUCCUCUUGCCUCCCAGUCACCCUCCCAUUGUAGCCCAGGAGAAGAGGGCCCCCCACUUGCCAGAAUCCCAAAGCGCACCAGUGGGGAGUCUGGUACUACCAUAAGCACUGGAAUCACCCCCAAGAUAAAACGAAGGAACCAGUUAAUCUACACUGUCCAGGAUGAGGAGGAUGAAGCAUAGCGGCAGAGCCUGGCUGGACACCAGAGGCACGUGUGACAGCAGUAUGUCUGCUUUCAGGAGCGCUUCAUUGCUGCUGCUGCUCUUACUCAAUUCAGUCUAAGAAUCUAUUUUUAUUUUUUUUACAAUAGGCAAGGUGAUUUUUUUUACCAUUUUGAAAUUUUUAUUUUAAAACUAAAAUAAUGAAUUCAUAGUAAACCUAAAGGUAAUUUAGGUCUUUUCUUUACCCAACUGCUGCAUCAUGCUAAAUUCUGUGCACAUAAGAGUAGUUAGCAGAGCUGUACAAGUGCUUGAAUAUCACUUACUGUGUUCAUUCAUAGCAUCUGCCUAUGUGCCUGUUAAUUUUUUUUGUUGUGCAUAUGUUAAAUUAAAAAUGCAGUUUAUUUUCCCUAGAACACAACGCAGAAAACUUUUUUUUAUGUUUUUAAUUCAGUAAAUCCAGUUAUACAUGA